AUGCAGCAGCCUGAGGAAGGCGUGUCGGCCGUUGAGAAGGUGGUGGACGACCCUCAGCUUCACGAGAAGCCUGUCAACAAGCCUGAUUCCGAUUCCGUUUCCACGUCAUCAGCAAAGGAACACGGAAGCAAUACUGUAAUCGCGACAGAUGAGGAUGCGAUCUAUGCUCACUUGCCCGAACAUGAAAAGGACAUCCUGAAACAACAACUGGACGCGCCUCUUGUUAAUAUCUCCUACUUCGGUCUCUUCCGAUAUGCCUCCCAUACGGACAUCUUCAUCCUUGCCGUCAGCGCACUCUGCGCGAUCGCCGCCGGUGCUGCCAUGCCCCUCUUCACGAUUCUCUUCGGCUCCUUGGCGACAGCUUUCCAGAAGAUUAUGCUCAACACCAUCCCCUACAGUAAAUUCUACGACCAGUUGACCAGCAACGUCUUGUACUUUGUCUACCUAGGUAUUGGAGAGUUCGUGACCAUCUACGUCAGCACCGUCGGCUUCAUCUACACCGGAGAACAUGUCACCCAGAAAAUUCGAGAGCACUACCUCGAGGCUAUCCUGCGCCAGAACAUCGCCUACUUCGACAAGCUGGGUGCAGGUGAAGUGACUACCCGUAUCACAGCAGACACCAACCUUAUUCAGGAUGGUAUCUCCGAAAAGGUCGGCUUGACCUUGACUGCCGUCGCCACCUUUGUGACAGCCUUCGUGGUCGCAUACAUCAAGUAUGCCCCCUUGGCUGGCAUUUGUACUUCCACUAUGGUCGCGCUGGUCUUGAUCAUGGGCGGAGGCUCCAGGCUGAUCAUCAAGUACGGCAAGCUUUCCCUGGAAAGCGCUGGUGCCGGUGGAACUGUCGCGGAGGAAGUCAUCAGCUCGAUUCGCAAUGCGACCGCAUUCGGUACCCAGGACAAGCUCGCAAAGCAGUACGAGUCUCACUUGGCUCGUGCAGAGCGCUGGGGUAUGCGCCUGCAGAUGAGUCUCGCCGUGAUGGUCGGUAUCAUGUUUGGACUUAUGCAAAGUUGA